AUGGGAGAAGCUCCGAAUCGAUAUAAACAACAAGAGCCAAAGUCGAAAAAGAAAAAAGACGACGAGACAUCAACGGAUGUUCAUGACAGUUUGCCAAUGAAUGUUCCAUUCAAAAUAAUUGACGGCGUUCGUCAUCUCUCUCCAUACUGGACCAUAUAUCGUACAAGGACGAAGGGAAGGUGGAUUGGGCGAAAGCUUGUAGAUGUAUUUACAGAAGAGUUUCUUUCAACAAAUGUGAAUUAUGCUCGAGUUGCGUGCAAAUUGGGACGAAUUUACGUCAACGGAAGACAACUUCGAGAUCUCGACUAUGUCAUGAAAAACAACGAUGAAGUCCAUCAUUGGGCUCAUCGACAUGAGCAUCCUGUCAAAGAUUUGCCGAUUCGAAUCAUUCAUGAGAGUGAUGAUCUCCUUGUCGUCGAUAAGCCGCCAUCACUUCCGGUGCAUGCUUGCGGCCAAUAUGCGAUUCAUACAGUGUUGGGACAGCUCAGAGAGCAUUAUGAUAGAAAAGGAUUACGGGUUCUUCAUCGUCUUGAUCGUACCACCUCGGGAAUUUUGUUAUUCGCUAAAAACUAUGAGACCGAUUUAGAGUUUAAAACUACAUUGAAAGACGGGCAUUGGACAAAGGAAUACGUGUGCAAAGUUGAAGGCGAAUUUCCAGAUGGCGAAAUUGUUUGCGAUCAGCCGAUUGGGCCGCUAGUCCUCUCAAUGGGCAUUCAAUGCGUUAAAGCGGAUGGGAAACACGCGCAUUCAAUAUUUAGAAAAUUGUGGAGCGAUGGUAAAGAAUCAGUGGUGAAGGUGAACAUCACCACCGGCCGAACCCAUCAAAUCCGCGUGCACGCUCAAUUCUUGGGUCAUCCCAUUGUUGGCGAUAGUGUUUACAAUUCGACAGUUUGGGGAAAGACGAAAGGCAAAAAUGGCGAGUAUGAUAAAAAUUUUGACGAGCUUUGCAAAGACGUUCAAUCGGCUCAUAAAUGCCAAAAUUGGCACGAGGAGCGAAACGAGGAAUAUGAGAAGCUUAUGGAAAAAAUGGCCGUCGACGACGUUGCGCCGGAACCCGAGGGUUUGCAACGAGAACGCCGGCCUGAUUUUGAUCCAAUUUGUUUGAAAUGCAACGUUCGGACGAAGAAUGUGCCGCCUGAGCAUUACCAACUUUUUCUUCACUGUUUGAAAUAUGAAACACAGAAAUGGAGCUUCAACACAGAGUUGCCCGAUUGGGCUGUAAUCAAGGUUUAA